UUUAAUCCGCAAGAAUCAUUCAUAAACAUUCAAUUGGACUAAUUUUUUUGGUAAACGAGGCAAAAUCUAUUCUUUAUUACUUUUCAACAAAUUCACAUAAUUGAAACCUGAGAAGAACACACAUCUUUACACAAAAAUCAAACAGGGCUGUUUUGCAUAUGAAUCAAACAAGAAAAUCUCCGGUGAUUCGCCCCGGCCCUGGACAAGUUUGGAAUCAGAGUUCUAGUUCCACUUCCAAUUCCAAUUCCAAUUCAAAUUCUGGUUCCGGUUCCAUAUAUGUCUUACCCAGGAAUCAAUCCGUGCAAGAGGAAAAGAGUUCUAUUUUUGGUGCCAUAGCUAGGGUUUUGACAUGUAGUGGCAAUAUAGCUCAUGUGGCUGAAGAUGAUCCUCAGCCGCCUUCAAUUCAAUAUUCAUCACGAGCUUCUCUAAGAAGCAGCAGAAAGCUGAACCACUCUUCUUCCUCUACACCUUCCAAAGCCUCUGAUGGACCCCAGGGCACAGCUGAGUUAUCCUUUGAAGAUAUUUCUAAGGCAACUGGAAAUUUCUCUGCCUCAAAUAUAAUCGGACAAGGAGGAUUUGGUAUCGUGUAUAAAGGAACCUUGAAAAAUGGAUCCAUCGUUGCUGUAAAGCGUGCAAAAAAGGACAAUUUUGAAAGAGGAACACCAGUGGAGUUCAGAAAUGAAAUACAAACAUUAUCAAAGAUUGAACAUCUAAAUCUGGUCAGAUUCUAUGGAUAUAUAGAACAUGGAGAAGAUCGUAUGAUUUUGGUAGAAUAUGUCUCCAAUGGUACACUUCGUGAACAUUUAGAUGGUAAAUGUGGAAGUGGGCUCGAAAUUGGAGAACGUUUGGAUAUCAUGAUCGAUGUAGCUCAUGCAAUUACAUAUUUGCAUACAUAUACAGAUCUACCAAUAAUCCACAGAGAUAUAAAGUCAUCUAACAUACUGAUUACUGAUAAACUGCGAGCAAAAGUGGCUGAUUUUGGAUUUGCGCGUAUAAGUGUUGAAGAUCCAGGAGCCACUCAUAUAUCAACUCAAGUGAAAGGGACUGCAGGGUAUUUGGAUCCUGAAUAUCUGAGUACUUAUCAGCUUACUGAUAGGAGUGAUGUUUACUCCUUUGGGGUUUUGCUUGUGGAGAUGGUGACUGGAAGACUACCGAUUGAGAUAAAUAAAGCUCCCAAUGAGAAAUUGACAACAAAAUGGGCGUUGCAGAGACUAAAAGGAGGGGAGGUGGUGUUGGCGAUGGAUCCAAAGCUAAGGAGGAAUCCGGCGGCUCUUAUGGUGGUGGAGAAGGUGCUGAAACUGGCCAGACAGUGUCUGGCCCCCACCAGACAAUUAAGACCCUCCAUGAAAAGAUGUGCAGAGAUCUUGUGGAGAGUCAGAAAGGAUUACCAUGAGUAUAAUGAGGUCAUGGAAGCUGCAAAUCAUUCUGUACAGGUGCCACCUCAAAUGGCUGCCAGGAAGAACCGAAUUGAAUUCUUUGGGAUUGAAGAAAGUACCAACCAAAGAUUUCAAUCUGCAUGAUUGCUGAUAUUGAAAUUGUAUAAAAAGAAAAAAAGGUUUUUUGUAUGUAGAGAGGAUAUAUAUAUUUUCAGGUGU